GGCGGACACAGCGAGCAGCCUCCGGGCCGCACUGACGGAAACGACACAGGUGAAAUACAGCCAGCGUGUUAAUCACUACUGACCAGGUGGCGACUGAACCCCGCAAGACAGCUCAUGCUCCGACGAGGAAACGUAUUUUUUGAUUGUGUCGACAUUACUGACCGUGACUUUUAACUGAACUCGUCCUUUUUCACACAGUCGGAGCUCAUUCGCCUGGCUCUAUUCCAGUGGGAGCCUCCGAUCCUGCCGCAUGAUCGCUAAUCCACACAGACAACCCACAUAGCUGAUGACCGCAUCAGUGUCCUGAUGUUUGGGUGAUAUGGGAGACUGGUGGACAACUGCGCCAAUAGAGACAUCUAUGGGAAGCCAUGAGAUCUCCAGCAUAUCACGCAUGACAAUGUCCCCUUCCAGGCAGAACAAUUUUGUGUCAAUGCACUCCUUGCCACUGUCCAAAAGCUCAUAUAACGUGAUAAGUGCCUUCUGUACAGAGGACAAUAUUCCUCAAUGCAUUUCUUACAUCAAUCAGGAGAUUGCCUCCCUGGGCCUCUCCUCCUCAUGUAUCAAGGCCAGCUCAGCAGGGGGAGCCAGCCUGGACACAGUGUCAGCUCUGAACAUUAUGUAUGAGCUGCUGCAGGUUCACUGGCGCAGUCAGGGCUCUCUGGGCGAGCUAGAGAGAGAGCAGCUGAAGAAUUCCAGCACCCUGGACCACCUACAGAUCAGCAACUCAAGACUGAAGGAUCAGUUGGAACUGUCUAAAAGGGAGAAAUCAGGUCUGCAUGAGGCAGAGAGGCAACUACAGCUCAAAAUCAAGACUUUGCAGCGUUGCCUAAAAACAGAAAAAGAUGAGGUUCAGAAGCUCCAGAGUAUCAUCGCCAGCCGUGCCUCUCAGUACAAUCAUGAUGCCAAGAGGAAAGAGAGAGAGUGUGCAAAGCUCAAGGAACGCCUCAGCCAGCUGCUGGUUGACAAAAAGGAUAAAAAACUAGCUAUCGAUGUACUGAACUACCUGGGACGACCAGAUGGGAAAAGGAUCCAGUGGAGGACAGCAAAAAUGGCAACCAGCCACGAGGGUGACAUGUACAAGUCCUUGCUCAGUGACUAUGAGGCACGUCAGAGAUCUCUGAUGCUGGAGAAUGCCGAGCUAAAGAAAGUCCUGCAGCAGAUGAAGAGAGAGAUGAUGUAUAUCCUGAGCCCACACAAGCCCUGUGCCAGAGGAGCCCAGGCCGAUGACAGCAAUGAGCAGGCUGGUUCAGACGGAGAGGAGAAGGCAGGUGACCCCAGCAGGGAAACCCUGGAUCAGUCCUGUGAGCAUGCCAGAGAGCAGCUCACCAACAGCAUCCGCCAGCAGUGGAGGAGACUGAAGAACCAUAUGGAGAGAUUAGAUAGCCAAGCAUCUCUAGUGCAGAAUCAACUUGAGUCUGGUAAAGAGGUGGUGCCCAGAGAAAUCCACGAGGAAGAGAUGGAGAGGAUGAGGCUCGAAGUGCAGCAGUGCAAAGACUUCAUUCACACCCAACAGCAGCUCCUCCAGCAACAUCUCAACUCAUCGUUUGAUGAUGAGACGGCAGCUCUUCUUAACGACUGCUACACACUGGAAGACAAGGAGCGACUCAAAGAGGAGUGGAAGCUCUUUGAGGAGCAGAAGAGAAACUUUGAGAGGGAGAGAAAGAACUUCACUGAAGCUGCUAUUCGCCUGGGCCGGGAGAAAAAAGCCUUUGAGGAGGACCGUGCCUCUUGGCUCAAGAACCAGUUUUUGAACAUGACUCCAUUUGUAGACCGCAAGAGACGCUCCUUGUCUGACUGUCAGAGUGCCUUAUCGAUCAGAAGUGAACCAGAGAUGAGGGUGUCUCCCACAAAAGCUGAGCUGACCAAAUCGUCAACGUAUGCUACCAUCUCCACUCCUAAAUGUGCACAAAACGCUGUUGUGCCAUCCACCACAGAACUUUACCGGACUCUCCGCCUGAUACCAGACAGCAGCACCUCCAGGCAUUCAAAGGUAGGGAGCUGGCAAGACUCCAGCACCAUCCAAGAUGGAGAGACUCGGGCCAAGUCGAAACACAGAGUCCGAUGCGGAGACUUGAGUAUCUUCUCUUUGGGUGAAGAUGAAAACAGCCUCAACUUCAGACAAUCCAGUGCCAUUGUUGUGGACUCCACUUUACAGACAACAUGAGUGGCCAUGCCAUCAACACUGCCUCAGGAUGCCAUCAUCUUUUUUUUUUUUUUUUUUUGGCAACAUCCCUAUAUUGUUUUAUUAUGGGACAUUCAUGGAUCAGACAUCGAAGCUGAUCCAACAAGAGAGCACUUUAAUUAAAUCUGCCACUUUUUUCCAUUACAUGCAAAUCAGCAUUUAGAAGAUAUAAAACUACAUUCAGGUCAAGGAGAGUAUCUACCAAGCACUAAUUUGAAUAAACUGGAGCUCAAGAACACUCAAGUUUUCUACAUGUUGAUAAGAUACUGGAUGCUUAGAGUAUAGUUUUCAGCUGAAAAUUCAUUUUAAUGUUUACAUAUCCUUAAUUUUAGAUGUAUAAAUUAUAUCAUUUAAAUGAAAGCUUAUAACGCUUAGAUCUAUAUAACUUGGAUUAAUAAGAAUAUGCUGGUUUAACAGUGCAAUAAAGGUGUUUUUAAUAAGCUG